CCCCUGUCCAUCCCAUUUGACCAAUUAUAUCUACAAUUUGCCAUUUACAAUUUCCUUUCUUCGACAACCCCCUGUUCGAAAAGAAUGCCUUGACCACCGCUGUGAAGCAAACUAUAUAUCGACGGCUUCAAUGAUGUGUUGCGGCUCUGACUCUCACUCUUUCCAUUUCCAUGGCACUACCGCCGAUGCCGACAUCACCACAGAGAUCCCCGUUGUUGCCGCCGAUGUCAACUUACAGUUUUGCUAACUUUCAAGUUUCUCAUCGUUUUUGACAACCACCACCGUCGUCUUCGACAUCACUACCUGAGUUCCAUAACAGCAUCACCCGUUCCUCCCCUCUCUUCCACGAAUCCACGAUGCAGUAACAGAAGCACAAGUCAAAGAAAGUCUAAAACCAGAACCGCCGGUUUCCGGUUAAACAGCCGGUUCGCAAAUCAACCGGGCGGUCAGGUGCACAUCCGAUUCAACAUACAGAACCGAACCGUUAUUGCCACCGGGUCCCGGUUCGAUCGGUUCAACCGGCCGGUUCGGUCCGGUCGUGAAAACACUGGUCUCUAUCCUUCCCAUUCUAUUCCCAAUAUAUAUUUCUUAAAAAUCCCAAAAUAAAAAUAAUUUCCAAACAAUCAAUCGGAAGUUGUAGGGUUUUGCAGUCACCAUGUAUCCUACAGAAUGGGAGUACUCUUCUCAUCCCUACUUUACUAGGAGUCGUCCUCAUCCUCCUCCUCCUCACCAGCUGGAGCAGCAGAAUGAUACCCACACACCAGGUAGUCGGCCUGUGGACAAAGUUCCUAUCACCAUAUAUAAUUCCGUUCAGCUUGUAGUCGAGGCCCAUAAUGUUUACAAGGCCAAGAAGACCAUGACUUCCAAGUCAGAUUUGCAGUUUGCUACGCGUCUUCUUGAAAAGAUUGCAGCUUCCUACAGAAGCAAAGGGCUUUUGUCAGAUGACUGGCAAUAUGACCCUGAUGCUCCGCGCACUCUUGAGCCAGACCUUGAUACUAUUUCACCUUGGCUGUAUGGGAAUCCAACAUAUCCAUCCACGAGACCUCUUAAAGUCGAUGAUGUUCCCUUGAGACCCGAUGAAAUGGAAGGUUGGUCCCAAUUCAAGGAUAAAUAUGAUGAGAGUACUCACGUGUCGCAGUCUGCAUUCCGUUGUCGUAUAGUGUACCCGUUGAGUACCAAGCAUCCCUUUGUUAGUAGUCUUGUAUCCUUUGCUGUGAAUGGCUACAAUGAGGCAUUUGAAUUGUUUGUUGAGAAAGGAAACAGCGAUCGCCUUCGUUCUCCAAAAGUCAGUAAGUGCACAUACUACAUCAUGGAGAGUUUCUACUGCUUUACCAUGAUCGUAAAGGCGGAUGAAGAUGGGGUUACUGGCAUCUAUGAGGUCGAGGUUGAUUGUUGUUGUGUUGAUGGCAAUAGAACAUUGAAGGAGUUUAUGUUCCAGGAUGUAAAACAAGUUAAGAAGAGACGUGCAUCCAAACUGAAAAGCCCCAAAGCUCUUUGCUUGCCAAACAUCAACAUUACGACCAAGAUGUGUGAAAGGAUAACCGUAAAUGACAUAGUCUAUGGUCUCUACGAUUAUAGCGAUGAACUAUACGGUUGACGAUGACAGGUUAGUUGUUUUGAGGGUAAAAUGUAAAUGCAUGUAAAUACAGGCUAGUUGACUAUAGUUGUUCAUUUGCAUUUUUUCUAUGCCCAUCACCUUUCAAGAUUUGGAGGGGAUGGCACAAUGGAUACUCUUUAACUCUUAGAAGGAAAUCAUUCGUGCUUUGCUAUUAGAUAAACUCAUAAACCCUGUUGCAUCAACAUUUGAGGUCUGUAUGUUCAGUAAAUCAGUACUAGUUUAAACUAUUUUCAUGGCUUGACCCAAGGUACUACAACUGGAUUCUUGUUAUAACCCAGGAAUUUAUUUUGCUUCCCUCUGUAGUUCCUGUUAUAUUUCUAGCAGUAUCUGUACAGGAUUCAUGUUUGGUUCGUGGUUCUUUUUUAUCGUGAAAGAGUUUCAUGGCAAAGAUAUUGCCAUUUGUUACUGGUGAUUGUUUGUUGUGGUAUUAUGGAAAGCGUGCAAGCUGUGGUAUUAUGGAAAGUGUGGCACUUGUUUGAUUGACCCUUGUAAGAUGUAAUGUAAGCACCCUUGCUCACAGCUUAGUGCCGGGGAUGUGGUACACAUUACAGAAAUUCAGAAGGUAGGUGUUAAUAUGCUCAUAAAUUAACUUCUUUUGCUCUUGAGAAUUGUUGAGAUUGAUACUCUAUGAAACUGGUCUAGUAAUGCGUGAUUACAAAUUAUUUUUUCUUAUUUUUAAAAUAAUAAAAAAUCUAAUUUCUGUUCA